AGUCCCUAUGCGUUGUAACCUUGACUUUAUGAAACAGUGACUUAUAAAGCAAAGGUGUCCAUGGAUGGCUUCUCAAUAUCGAGGACAGACAGUGCUGGACUGAGGGACAUUGAGCAUUGAGCCGUCACCCCCAUCCACCGCCAACAUGACUAUGGGAAAGAUCAUCUUUUACGAAGACAGGAACUUCCAGGGUCGCUCUCAUGAGUGCAGCAGCGACUGUGCCGACCUGCACUCCUACUUCAACCGCUGCAACUCCAUCAAGGUUGAGAGUGGAUGCUUCAUGGUCUACGAGCGCCCCAACUACAUGGGAAACCAGUACUUCGUGAGGAGGGGCGAGUACCCCGAUAACCAGCAAAUGAUUGGCAUCAACGACUGCAUCAGGUCCUGCCGUAUGAUCCCCAUGCACCGUGGCCAGUACAGAAUGAGAAUGUACGAUCGUCCUGACAUGGGAGGCCAGAUGAACGAGCUAAGCGACGACUGCCCCAACAUCCAGGACCGUUUCCGUAUGUCUGACAUCAACUCCUGCAACGUCAUGGAUGGCCACUGGCUGAUGUACGACCAGCCCAACUACAAGGGCAGGCAGUACUAUGUGAAGCCCGGCGAGUACAGGAGGUUCAGCGACUGGGGAGGCUUGAGCCCCAAGAUCGGCUCCCUCAGAAGGAUCACCGACUUCAACUAAACUAGAGCUCCAUUUUGAACUAUCAACUGUCACUGUCCACAAUAAACUUUGAUUCGUAAUA